AUGGCUCCUGCAGAGAAUUCUCCUCUGCUGCCGCAGCAUCAGAAGUCGGCCUCCAAUACGUCACCACAGGCAAACCGGACGGCGCGGACGGUAUCAUUCAACCCGCUCACGCAAAUCAGCACAUAUGGUGGCACUGCCUCCUCCUCCGAUUCCACGUUUCGCCCCCUACAAACCGGCUCACCCCCUGUGCAGAAUGUCAACGCCCAGGGCCAACCUCGUCCCGGUAGCCAGCCCAUGCUUUCAGCAUUGAAUAGCAAGCUUCGUCGCCGUAAUAGCCACGGAGCUCCCUUAGCCACUCCCUCGAACCAGGUACACGCGGCCUCCAAGAUUGGACCGCAGCGAACCACAAAGAAAGCACAAAAAUUAAAGCUGCUGCCGGACCCCGUGACGGAGGAGGAAGAAGGCGUGGAUGGGGAUUUCCCUCGGGAUGUAUAUUCGCAAAUCGCUCGCAUCAAGGACCCCGCCGCACGAAGCCAUGCCGCUCGACUGGGCAAAGCCGACCGCGAUCGCAUACCCCGAGUGACAGCCUAUUGCACGGCCAAUUCGUAUCGACUCGAGGGGGUUAUCAAAUUCCUUAAAUCGCGAAGCAAGACUCGUGGAGCCAACCCCAAGCUGUACGAUGAGUGCGUUUACUCUCCUUUCGAUUAUCAAUACGAAGAAAAACAAAACGGUGCACGGUUAUUCCAGGACGCGGGCGGCAAUGGACACCACGAAAGGCGGCCCAGCGAACGGAGAUAUUCGGAUAGCGCAGUGGAGGUCGAAGACAAUAAGAAGAGCAGAAGAGAGGACUUGAUUGAUUUGCACGAGGAGAGUCACUCUUCCAAUGACGCCGAACAAGCGGUCGUCAAAGACACUCCUGAUAUUGAUACCACCAUCCACACACCUGAAGUAUUCUUAUUCGACUAUGGAACGGUCGUAAUAUGGGGAAUGACUCCUGCUCAAGAAUCGCGAUUCUUGUCCGAUAUCUCGAAAUUUGCGACAUCCAUCUUGAGCCCUGAUGACACGCAGAUUGAGAACUUCAACUUCUACUAUGCGCGUGAGUAUCAAGCUAGAAUCUACAACGACUUCAUCUCUCUUCGCGAUCCGCGCAACAAUAUGGUCAAGCUGGCGAUCUCCCAUGCCCUGGCACAAUCAGUCAAGACUUCGCUUUUCGAGGAUCUGUUGUCAGAAACAAUCACCGACACUGCACCGCUACCUGCGCAGAUUGCGCAAACUGGUAGCGUCAACCUGACUCGUCGGCAAAUCAACAUGCAGAUUGGAGAGCUCUUCAUUCUCCGCAUCAAUAUCCACUUGCAGGGGUCUGUGCUCGAUAGCCCAGAGCUCUUCUGGGCAGAGCCGCAAUUGGAGCCUGUCUACCAAGCCGUCCGAAGCUACCUGGAGAUGGAUCAGCGUGUUAGUCUGCUGACGGAGCGAUUGGACGUUAUUGCGGAUCUUCUUGCGGUUCUAAAGGAUCAAUUGACACAUCGCCAUGGCGAAUAUCUCGAAUGGAUUGUUAUCGUCCUAAUCGCCGCCGAGAUUCUCGUGGCUGCAAUCAACAUUGUCGUUGAUCUCUAUGCUGGAGUGGAUUAG